AUGACGUUCUCCGUGUCAGACCAGUGCCGCUCCUGUAUCGCUAUUCUCCACGAAGUCAUCUCGGCUCUCGCCCAGCCAGAUCGCAACAGCAACAAUGUUAGGAAUCUUCGAAUGAGGGAGGAACUGGACAGGUUCAGUCUUUUUGUUGGGAACAUUGGAGCUCUCCAUCGGCCCGAAUCGCCUAUGUCCAUCGAGUCACGACUACAAGGAGCCAAUGAUGUACUUACUCACAUUUUGGGUCUCUUAGACGACUUGAAAGAAGUCAUUAGAGACCUCCUGGAUAUUGUUUUGGGUGAAAGAGAAGAAAUGGUCUCGGUGGCUGACGAGACUGAAGAUGAGUGUGGAGGUAUUAGCGAAGUCAACGAGCUUCAGGAAGAAAUCAGUGAAACCGUUACCCGGCUCUUCAGAGUUUCAACUCUCAUCCGACGUGCAGCACCCACAGAUAUAUUUGCGAAAGCUCUCAGCCGUAACAGAUAUCACUUUAAUGAUCAAUUCGACAUUUCCCACGUUGGCGAGAAAUAUCCGAAGCUUGUCGCAAAGGACUCCGCCUGGCUUUGUCAACGGCUUAGGCGGGCUAUUACUCAAAGAAGACGUUACCUCAGCUAUAUACAGGACCACCGUGAAAAGCUGGCAGAUCCACUCAGUCACCAUGAAAAAUCGGGUGGUUCGGCCUACAAACCUCAGAUUCCUAACAUCAAGCAGUCACUGGGUCCGAAGCCAACGCUAAACAGGGAGAGUCUACCUUCCUUCUUCACCAAAGCCACCACUAUCGCCGCCGAAAAGCUCGCGCCUCAACUGAACGUUGCCGAUGAAUCAGAUCCAGAUGAUGCUCGUUCUUACACAACAAUUUCCCGCUCGAUCGACAGCGACCAUGAGUCAUCCACCAAUGUUCGCAUCCCAAAGCUUGAUUCUUUACGCACAGAUCGUGGGAAAGAGUUUGAAUGCCCAUUCUGCUUUCGCAUCAAAAAGUUCAAGAGCGAGCGUAUGUGGAAAAAGCACGUCUUCUCAGAUCUUCGUCCAUACGUCUGCACGUUCCCAGACUGUGAUGCACCAUAUUUUGGUGACAUCAACGAAUGGUUCCAACAUGAAAUGACUUUUCACCGUGUGGAUUAUAAAUGCUUCCUUUGCGCAAGAUUCUUCAAUCAAGAGGAAAAAUACAUUCUCCAUCUGAAACGAGAGCAUGAAGAGACUUUAGAUGAUGGCGGGGAACAAACAGCAAGAGAUCUCUCUCGAAAGUCACUAGCUCAGAUCCCAGCAACUGAUUGUCCUUGCUGUUCUGAUUGGUCUGUUCGUUUGAAAGAGCAAGUUAUUCAAACGAGCGGAUCAGUACCUACAGGGAUUCUGGCUGUUACUCUAACAGUCUUUAAACGUCACCUCGCCGGCCAUCUCGAGCAACUUGCACUUUUUGCCAUCCCUAUUAGCGCUUCGACUGAUGCCAACAAUGACUCAAAUGCUGCUGUGGAGGAGGCAAAGAGUAAGCGGACA